CAGAUCUGCCCCCUCCCCUAUUCACUCCCCAUAGCAGAGCAGCCGGGGGCCAUAGAGAGAGACAGACUCUUCACUCCAAACACCAGUCACAGGUGCUCCUUGAGGACCAGACCAUAAUAUACAGUAAUGGGCGCCACCAGGAUGAUCCUUGUAUUGGCCAGCUUGGCCAUGGCUCACAUCAUCUGGGCUUUCUACCUGGAAGAUAAUAGGAGUGUCCCACUCUCCUCGGCCUUCAGCAGAGCCAUUGGCCUGUACAACACACAGCCGGGCAAUAAAUGGGCAUAUAAGCUGCUCCAUAUCAUUCCCAGCUCCAGCAGGCCCCGUUCAACAAAUCCACAGAUUGUUCGUUUUACUAUCAAAGAGACUUCCUGCGCGAGAUCAGUACGGAGAAGACUGCGGAAAUGUCCCUUUAAAGAUGGAGGGUUGGUGAAAAUCUGCUCUAUUGCUGUCUCCGAAGAUCAAGACAUUGUUACUGUCCCAGUGUGCCAGGAUGUGCCCGAGCAGAGACCCAGUUUUGCAAGCUCAGAAGAAGAAAGUGGCAGUGGGGAGAUCAUACAAGAUGCCAAGAGCAGGUGUCGGAGGCCGGGAUCAUGUACAUUAAUAGGGCGCUUUAAUCAGAGAAUAAACAGGAACCAGGUGUAAUGAGAGUGGCCCCUAUGUGCCACGGGGAUGGGCGCCCACAAGUACCGCUGUAAAUAUCCAACUAUAUGCUUUGUGAAUGAUCCCCUCUACUGCUCAGUAAUGGGGGUUUCUAUGCACAGCUGCUCUGAUGCUUUGUAAAAAGAUAGCUCUUUUGGCCAGGGCUCUCUUCACCUCUUGUAUCGGUUAUUGGUUGCUUUAUAUGUUACUCUGUAUGUCCAAUGUA